UUGUAUCAUAUCACAAUGUUGUAUACAAAAGUUCAUCCUUUUUGUUAUCAGCAAAAGAACAUUUAUAUGAAUUAUGAAUUAGGAAUUUCUCGAAGUAGCGGGGCAUAAUUAUUGCAUAUCUUUAAAGGUCAUUUUCCUAUUGCUAAGAAUUGAUACCCACUAGAGUUUCCUUUAUAUCCAGCAAAAACGAGAGGAGAGGGGUAGAAGUAGUACACACACAAAGUAGACACAGAAAGAGACAGGUACUGUAGAUGGAAGAAACAGAUAAUGCGAAUAAUGCCAUGGAAAACAAGGAUAGCUCUUCAGAGCAACACAAACUCUCCCUGCUGAGAUCCUUUGUUGAAUCUAGUGAUUCCUCUUCUAAGGAUGUAGAUGACUUGACGUUGAGAAGAUUCUUAAGAGCCCGUGACCUAAACGUAGACAAGGCAGGUGCCAUGUUCUUGAAGUAUCAGAAGUGGAAGAAGAAUUUUUUGCCAGAAGGUCAUGUCUCAGAGGCAGAGAUACAGGAUGAACUUUCCCAAAACAAAUUUUUUAUAGGAGGUGAAGACAAGAAAGGACGCCCUAUUUUUGUUGUGUUUGCAGUUCGACACUACAAAAAUACUAAACCAGGGGGUUUUGAUGAGUUCAAGCGUCUGGUUGUGUAUACUCUUGACAAGUUAUGCUCAAGGAUGCCCCCUGGACAGGAGAAGUUUCUUGCUAUAGGAGAUCUUCAAGGAUGGGGAUACUCCAACAGUGACAUCCGAGGAUAUCUUGAGUUUCUCUCUAUCUUGCAGGACUGCUACCCAGAAAGACUAGGGAAGCUGUUCAUAGUGCAUGCACCAAAAAUAUUUAUGGCAGUGUGGAAGAUUAUCUACCCCUUCAUUGACGACAACACUAAGACUAAAAAUUUGUAGACAUGCAACAGUUGAGAUCAAGCUUGCUGGAAGAGAUGGAUGAGAGCCAACUCCCAGAAGUGUAUGGAGGCAAACUGUCACUAGUGCCCAUUCAAGAUGGCUGAAGAUACUUUAGCACUAUCGAUUUCCGGACGCCCUACCAGAACCUUCAAGAGAUCUCUGUGAUUCUACCACUGUGAUCACUCCCCUUUACGAUCCCGAGACAAGUGUGUAUUCUUUGGAUAUGCAGGCAGACUGGCAGAAGAUCCAGAUGCCCUGUAACUAUUGUUAAAUUAUAAAAAUGCAAUGAUUGUAUGUACAAUGAUAGCAAUAAUGUACUUGCAUGCCAUGCUCAUGUGCUUAAACAUCACCAGAAAUGCAGAAAACAAAAAGUUGAUAAUUCUAAACAGACAUAUUCUAAAUCUUAACUGAUUGAAUUGCAAUUCUAAGUUUCAAAUAAACUCCCAAAGCGAAAAGUAUCCAUAUUCCACAUUCAUUAAGUUUCAA